AUGAGUAUAAAUGAUGGUGGCUCUACGACUACUUCAAUCCAAAUUUACUUUCCAAAUGAUUUGAGGAGGUAUUUCAAACAAAAACAGGUAUGUUUAUUGGGGUAUAAAUUGAACAAUGUAUACAUUGUACUUGACUGCGUAAAAGAUAAGACAAUUGAAGUCAGAGAUAAUGAACUUAAGGACUUACAACUAAUCGGGUCAAUCAAUGAUGAUGAUUUCAAAUUCCACAUAAAGCUACGAUAUGACGAAGAUAGUCAACUAUUAAGUAGUUCAAUACCAUGUAUGAUCAUUAAUUUUGAUCCUCCAAAUUUCAAAAAUUUAGAGUAUUUUUCAAUAGAACCAAUUUUAUUACAAUCAAUGGGUGGUUUUAAAAGUAAAACAAAUGCAUUAACUGAGGAUAAAUUAAAAUUUUAUCAACCUGAACAUUCAAUUGAUCAAUCAAACCUUUCAAUUUCAAAUAAUCAAGUACUUGAAAAAGUCAAUCAAAUUUGCCGUAAUAGAUUAUUAUACCAUAGAAAAAAUUACAACAAUACAAAUAUUUUCCAGUUUGUUUUGAAAAUUAUAGUCACUGGGUUAAUUAUACCAUUUGUAAAAUUAUUUCAAUCAUUUAUAAUAUCAAUUAUAAAUUUCAUAAAUACACCCAUUUUUGGAAUAUCAUUAGUUCAAAUUUCAAAAGUUUUUCGACAUUUAGAUUUAAGAUUAAAACAAUUUAAUUAUUUUCCUAUACAAUUUUUAUGUUAUUAUGAUAGAAGAAUAUUAUAUCAACAAGAUUCUCCAAUAGUUAAUGAAUUAAAAUUACCAAUUUUUAAUACAAAUCUUAAUAUUAAUAAUUCAAAUUAUAUAAAUUUAUAUAAUUCAAUUUGGCUUAUUUUUAAUGAUUUAUUAUUAGGAUGGUUUAUUUAUUCAACUAUUUUAACUUAUCAAGACAAGAUUUUUUGUUUUAUUGAUACAAUUAUAUUAGAAAAAAUUUUAUUUAAAGAUAUGAUGUCCCUUAUUACAUGGAUUUCGGUAAAACAUCCAGCUGGAUUUAAAUUAAAUACAGAUUUAGGUCAAUUUUUUGGUGAGUUAUAUACUUGGACAAUAAUAUUUUGGAAAAAUCAUGUACAAAAUUUAAUAAUUUUUAAAAAUAAAUCAAUAUUAUUAUUUUUACUGAAAAUUUUAUGUUUCUAUGGUGGAGGAUCAUUUUUUAUAUGUUUUUUAAUUGAUUGUAUUAGUAUUUUAACAUUUCAUAUUUUUGCAUUUUAUUGUUGUUCAACAAAAGUUUAUAAAAAACAAUUAGAAAUUAUUAAAUCUUUAUUUCAAUUAUUUAGAGGUAAAAAAUAUAAUGUCUUGAGAAAUAGAUUGGAUAAUUUAAAUAAUUAUGAAACUGGUGAUAUUUUUGAAAUUGAUCAAUUAUUAAUUGGUACUUUAUUAUUUAUGAUUAUGAUUUUUUUAUUACCUACUAUUUUUGCAUUUUAUUUAAUGUUUUCAAUUAUUCAUAUUUUAACAUUAAUGAUUUAUAAUCUUUUGGAAAAUAUUACAAUUAUUUUAAAUUUUACACCUAUUUUUGUUUGUUUAUUAAAAUUAAAAAAUUCAAAAAGAUUACAAGGUGGUAUUAAAUUUGAAUUUUUAAAAAAUGAAAAUAAUAUAAAUUUUUUAAUGUUAUCUAAUAUUUCAUUAACUUAUCUGGAGAUUUUUGUGAAUUACAUCAAAUUAUUUAAAAGAGCUAAAAAUUUUAGAGAAUCAAUACUAUUGAAUUUAAUUUGUGGAGAUAUUAUUAGUUUUAAAUAUAAUUAUAAUUUAAAAUUCAUGUAUUUAAUGUUGCCAGAAGAAUAUACGGAAACGAUUAGUGUAUGGAAAUAUGUUAAGUAG